ACCUCCCCGUCUCUCCACAGACUGUACGGCCCAAGCGAGGAUUUUCACGAAAACAUCAACCGCAGGCUGCGUACCAGUACCAGCGGGAACGGUACUACGACGAACGGAACCCGACGCUAUGUAUCCAACGGCAUGACAGCCGAGUCGAUGGCGUUUUUAAAGUUGGAUAACGGUGUUUGGUCUUAAAAAGAGACGUCAGAAGCGUAAAACAGAUUUUACGGCAAUGAAUACGGUAUCACUUGUUAGAUAGAAAGACAGAGAGAGAGAGCGAGCGAGCGAGCGAGGGGCCAAAGUGGACUCCCUCCCUCGGUUGAGUCGUUCCGCCCGAUGGAGGCUGACGGGACCUUUGCAGUGAGCUCGAGGCCCGGAAUGUUACCUGUAAAACGUCGACACCUCGUCGGAGGACGUAGUUAAGGAAAAUACCGCGCACACCUGUCUGCGCUUUCGAAGAAUCGACAACUUCUUAGUAAGCUUGCAUACACAAACAAAAGUUAUCGGGGCAACGUUAGCUGCGGGUUGCGUCCCCUCGCACAAGAUGACUAUCAUAGAUAUCACUUAACGAGGGUUCUUCGCCGCCUCAGGUAACGUAGCACAGGUGAACAGCGCACUAAGGCUGUUUCAUGGACUUCACGCGACUUUCUUCUGAUGGCUUUGUUUUAAAAAGUUGACUCCAACUCAUUUGGCUGCGAGAAUUGAGCAGUUUUUAUUUUUCAAAACAAGAACUUCCUGGAAUUUUUUUUUCUUCUCAUCAAGUGUCACCUUUUCCGUCAACCAUGUCAUUCAAAGACAAUCCUUGUCGGAAAUUUCAAGCCAACAUUUUCAACAAAAGCAAAUGCCAGAACUGCUUCAAGCCCAGAGAAUCACAUUUGCUUAACGACGAAGACUUAAACCAGGCAAAACCCAUUUAUGGUGGAUGGUUGCUGCUGGCACCAGAGGGAACAAAUUUCGACAAUCCAUUACAUAGAUCUCGGAAAUGGCAGAGGAGGUUCUUCAUCCUUUACGAGCACGGCUUACUUCGCUAUGCUCUGGACGAAAUGCCCAGCACUCUACCCCAGGGUACAAUCAACAUGAACCAGUGCUCCGACGUCAUCGAUGGAGAGUCCAGGACAGGUCAGAAGAACUCGCUGUGCAUCCUGACACCUGAGAAAGAGCACUUCAUACGGGCUGAGUGUAAAGAAAUUAUCAAUGGGUGGCAGGAGGCUCUGACUGUAUACCCCAGGACCAACAAGCAGAACCAGAAGAAAAAACGCAAGGUUGAUGCACCCACUCAGCAGGAGCCUGGUCCUGCCAAGGUGACGGUGACCAGCAGCGGAGGAAGCAUCCCUUGCCUUCCCAGCAGCAUUGCCAGUGCUGAGCGAGUCCCAUUGAGCCGUGCCACUCUGUGGCAGGAGGAGAGCCGCUGGAGCAGGGCCACCAUCCCCUGCAGCCGCAGUGCCUCCUGCCUGAGCCAGCUGAGCCAGAGCCAGCCAGACUCCAAUAUCUCUACUCAAGAUGAUGGCGGCACCAUUAGCACCGGACGCAAGGUACGAGUGGAGAGUGGUUACUUUUCGCUGGAGAAGACUAAGUCAGAGCCUUCUCCACAGUCUCCACAGCACUCUCAGCCACCCCAGCCACCCCAGCAUCUGCCCCUGUCCUCUUCAGCAUCCUCUUCCUCUUUAGGAGCUCUCAGUCCCAGGUACAACUCUGAGUCUGAAUCCCAACCUUCCCCUUAUCAACCCUCCCAAGAUUCUCUCCCUUCUCCAGGUGCGCUUGUCUCUCCCAGCUACUCCACCAUCAGCUCCUCCCAGAGCUCGCUGGACUCCGAACCCAGUGGGACUACACCCACCUGGGAGGGACGCAGUGGUGGUGGAGGAAGCACCGGUAGUGUCAGUGGUGGAGACGGCAGACUGGGCCGGUCUGGCAGGGAGUAUACUGCGCUGUCCGAUGUGCCAAGGGCGCGCAGACUGAGUUACCGUGAAGCCUUCCGCUCAGAAAAAAAGCGGCAAGAGCUGAGGGCACGGACACGGAGUCCUGGCAGAGAGGAGGUGGCUCGGCUGUUCGGACAGCAGCGCAGGCGUUCUCAAGUCAUUGGCCGAUUUGAGGAGGGUCAGCCUGUAGAGCGCAUGGACACAAGCAGCUCCCAUGAACCCUCCGCUAACACCAUGCUAAUCCAGAGACAAGGCCGCAGUGAGAGGCGCUAUCUGGCUAACAAACAUGAGAUGUCACUGGAUGCAGGAAAAGAUCGUUCAGUCCCUGAUGUGUCCAGCACCACCUUUGCUAAUUUAAGAAGAGCCAAGUCACUGGACCGCAGAGUCACAGAGUCCCAAAUGACUCCAGAUCUGCUGAACUUCAAAAAAGGAUGGAUGACAAAGCUGUACGAAGACGGAAUGUGGAAGAAACACUGGUUUGUCCUGACAGAUCAGAGUUUGAGGUACUACAAGGACUCAAUAGCCGAGGAGGCUUCAGAACUGGAUGGGGAGAUUGACCUCUCCACAUGUCAUGAUGUCAAAGAGUUCCCGGUCCAGAGGAAUUAUGGCUUCCAAAUCCUGUGUAAAGAGGGAGUGUGCACCCUGUCAGCCAUGACCUCUGGAAUCCGUCGCAACUGGAUUCAGGCCAUUAUGAAGAAUGUGCGACCAACUAUUGCCCCCGAUGUCACCCGGAAAAACAUCACUCUGAAACUGUCCGUUCUGAAGCCCAGAUCCUUCCCCGAGGAGAAGACAAAGGCCCACGUGAUGUUGGAGCCGUGUCUACAGGCCACCUCUGAGCCAAGCUCCAGUCCUGUGACUCCCAAGUCUGAUGUCCACAGACAGCUAGCUUGCAACAAUGCCUCUGCCCCUCCCUCUGAGCCCCUUAAAAGCCGAGUUCGUGAGCGCAGACGAGAGGGCCGCUCCAAGACUUUUGACUGGUCUGAGUUCAAAAUGGAACAGACCGAAAAGCCUGCGAAGGAACGAGCAGACUCGGUCGACCUCAGCUCAUCAUUCUCCACAACGUCCUCAUAUUGCUCUCCCUCCUCUUCCCCUUCCUCUAUAGCGUCCUCUCCUGUCUCUACCUCCUCCAUCCAAACCUCGUCUGUGUCAGGUGCUCGGCCACUUUCUAUGACUGUAGAAGCAGAAAAGGAGAGUGUUAUGAGGAGUGAGGGUGUCCCUCUACAUAGCACAACCAGUGCAACCCACAUGCCAAAUACUGUCACUGUUACCAUGAUUUCCACACUAAACACUACAUCACCGGUACAGCCGUCGAUACCUGAAUGUCAAGAGCAAGGAAAGAUGGAAGUAGACCACACUAUGGCCAUGUGUCCUGCCAGUGAAGAUAAGAAAGACAGCAGAACUUCAGGUGUCCGAGAAGAGAUUGAGCAACGAUGGCAUCAGGUGGAGACAACACCGUUAAGAGAAGAGAAGCAAGUGCCCAUCAACACAGCUUCAGGAAACUCUGGUAACUCUGACAGAUUGCCUGCACAUGAGCUUGCUGCACUGCUAGACAAAGAGUUGGGACAGAAGCAGCAAGAGCUGGACCGACUACAGAAGCAAAACAACGUUUUAAAAGAGCAGUUGGAAGAUGCUCUAGGGAGAGAACAAAGUGCCAGAGCCGGCUAUGUGCUACAGAGUGCAACACCCUCUUCCUCCAUGGUACCAUGGCAACGCCUGCACAAGCUUAAUGAAGAUUUGCAGGGCGAGUUGGAGACCCAAAAGCGCAAGCAGGACCUUGCUCAGCAGCAGAUUCGGACACUAAAGAGAAGCUACACAGAAGCCCAGCAUGCUGUAGACCACCAUGAGUCUGGUAUUCAGGCUCUGCAGGCUAAACUAGCAUCUGCAAUGGCUGAAAUCUUGGCCAGUGAACAGGCUGUGGCCAGAAUGCGCAAUGAGCUCAAGCUUGAGCAGGAGCGUUCAAAAGAACAAGAAGAGGAAUAUGGCCGUGGUGAGGCCACCCUACGGGCCCAGCUUAAGGACAGUGAAGAAAGACUCCGUGAAGUAGAAGCCAGCCUCUUGGAGAGAAGCCAGGCCCUUAGGCACCUGGAGCGCCAGCAGGCCCUGCAACGAGACCACACGAGAGAGAUACAGAGGCUGCAGGAGAUGCUGCAAGAGGUGACCGCUCGGCAAAGUGCUACUGAAAAGGGUCAGGCACUGAAAGAGGAGCGCCUGAGGAAGGAGCAGCAUAGCAUGCAAGAGAGUCAUGAGAGGGAAAGACAGAAUCUGUGUAGAAGAUUAGCUGAGGCUGAAACUGCACAGAAAGAGAUGGAGAACCAACUGUUGAAGGCUAAGCAGCAGGUGGAGGCCCUGUUAAGAGGGAGGCAGGCCUCUGGAGGAACGGAAUGCAGGGAGGAAAUAUUGAAGUUGCAAGAGGAGCUGGCCCAGAAGACCGACACGGUAGAGUCACUAAGGGAGAGUGUGCGUAGGCUAGAAGAAGAGAAAAGCCAUCUCACUUGCCGCUGUCAGGAGCUUCUUAACCAGAUUGCAGAAGCAGACCGUGAGGUGAAUAAGCUCCGCAAUCGUCUAGAAACGGAAGAAGCUGAUUACUACACCCUGGAGCACUCAUAUGAGAGGGCUACCCAAGAGUUUGAGAAAAUGAGCCAGUUCCUUAGAGAGAAAGAGGAAGAGAUCCGGCAGACUAAGGAGAUGUAUGAGAGGCUGGUGGAACGCAAGGAAGAGGACUUGAAAGAGGCCCUUGUUAAAAUGGCUGCACUUGGCAACAGCUUGGAGGAAACCGAACAAAAGUUGCAAGCUAAGGAGGAGCUUCUUUGUCAAAUGAGUCAAAGCAUCUUGGAUAAGGCUGAGCCCUGUAGUGCUGAAAAGGAUCUGCAAGCUAAGCUUGUGGUUGCGGAGGACCGCAUAGCGGAGUUAGAGCAACAUCUCAAUGCCCUGCAGCUGGGCUAUGCUGACCUACGCAUGGAAAGGCAGCAAAUCCCAGACCAGAGCAAAAAGACCAGGCUUAAAACAUCGGCCUCCUUAUCAGCAAACGCAGAACUCUUACUUUCCUUUGACAAUACAUCCAACACAGAGAAAUACCCAGAUGAUAAGGAGUCUCAAGCUAAGAGACCAAGAAUACGUUUUUCCAGUAUUCAUUGCCAAAAAUACAUAAAUCUAGAGGGCCUGGACACUAGCCAUGUGAGCACUGCCUUUGCAGACACAAGACAAACAGUGAACCAGGAUAUAGAUGAAGAAAUCCAUCUAAGUGAAGGAAACCUCUCAUCUGAUAUUCCCUUCUCUCACAGUAGUGACCCAGAGAAGUUUAUCUCCAUUGUACAUGCUCUAGAGACCAAACUGCUAGCCACAGAGGAUAAACUAAGACACCUCACACAGAAUCUAGAAGAGCAACGAUCCAUCCAAGCAGAAGACAUGUCCAAGAUUGAUCUAACGAUGACCGAAACAAAGCCUAACGCUAAUAAGGAUUUCAGUUGUGGAAGUGGGAUACAGAGUAGUUCUGCCAAUAAGCAUUAUGCCAAGGCUCUGGUGUGUGUGGAAAAUAGUAGAGAGAAAGUCAGAACUAUUCUCAGUGGCUCUCAUGAUACCACUGGUUCACAGCUGCACUCGUUGUCAGAGAUAGAGAACGAUUUGUUCAAUGCAUCACUGUACAUCCGACAAGGACAAAAGACGUUGGAAGAACAAUCACCAGUUGUCCAUCAAAAUCAAGUCCCAGAGACUCUAGAUAAAGAAGCCCUGCACCUCUUUGCUAAAACGUUAUCAUUUGAAGCAAUCGUUUUGAACAAGAUGGCUUUGUUAAUACAGACUUCAAAGUCUGACCUCCUACAAUCCCUUGCGGAGAUAUGGGAAGACAUGGAGAACAUUAAAGUGGGUGACAAAGAUUGCUUGGCUAUAGUUUAUGCUGAUGUCUUGACCAGGAAGUUGAUGUUAGAAAGUGCAUUCUGGAAAGAAUUGGAGAAAGCUGAGACAGAUGUUGCUAAAUCCAAAGAGGGCAGCGUUUCAGCUGAUGUAGAUGUUGAUACCACAGUUAUCUUUAACACCUUCAUUAAAGCAGAGCUGGCCUACUCUAUUCAAAACCUUAAACUUUGCUAUGAAGAGAAAUUCCAAAUACUGAAAAGGGAGUUGACUGAUGCCCACGAUAACCUGCAUCAAAGGGAAAUGGCUCUGAAAGCAAUUAUUGAAGCUUCCAAAAGGCCUGAUUUGAAAAAUGUAAUAAAAGAAGUCAAAAAUAACUUUGGGUUUAGUAAACAAAAGUUAGCUGACAUUCACCCCCCUGAACUUGCUCCCUACAUGGAGCAGAUUGAAAUGGAAGAGGCUAGAGGCUUGGCUGAGGAAAUUGUAGACAGACACUUGGCUGGAGAAAUGCCCUCUUGUGGUGUUGACUCUAUAGAAUCACUGCAAAAUGCACAUGACAACCUGGCUAAUGAGCUUCAAAGACAAGCAUUAAUCCUCCAUAAGUAUGCCCAAGAGAUAGAAAGUGGUGGAAACCAUCCUGGACUGGCUAAAAUGAUCCAUGCUCUUCUUGGCCACCAAACUUCACAUCAUUUCACAAGUACCUCUCUCUGUAUGCGCGAAGCCCUAAUCCAGGCUCAAGUGGCUUAUGUGGCAUGCAGGUUACGGGCCAUGCACGAACAAGACUUGGGCUGGUGUAAACAGACUGGUCAGAACAUGGAUGAUCUCGUCCAGCAGCACGCCCGCAAUGUCAGCGCAAUCCAAGAGAAAUAUGAAGCAUCCUUACAGGAUGAGCACCUCAACUUCACACAAACCGUUUCCACUCUCCAGAAGGAGAACCAUACACUGAAGAGUGAGAUCAGUAAGCGUGUGAACCAGCUAUCCCAGCAGCAGGAGCAACUGGCUCUCCUGGAGGAGCAUUUUCAGAGGGAGACAGAAGAGCUGAAGCAGAGGCACAAGCAAGAGCUAAGCCAAGCAGAGAAAGGGCGCGUCUCAACUGAUCUGGCCCUCAUGGAGACGACAGCUGACAGUCAACGAAAGCUAGAAGUUCUUCUAGUGGACAUGGACACCAUGGAGGAGCGCCAUGAGGGUCAUGUGAGGAAACUGGAAGAGCAGUUUGAGCAGCGGAUCUGUGAGCUCCAGCAUAUCCACAAACAGGAGAUUGAAAAGUUACAUUCAGAGUAUAUGGAAAACAUUCAGUGUAUCCAAAAGCACCAACAGGAUGAAAAAGGUCCUGGGGUUUCCGACUCGCCUCCUUGUGAUGAGGUCGCCACGCCAAUGGAAGAGGAAGAGCAGGGGAAGGGGGAGGAUGCACAAAUCAUGUCAGAGGUGGACUCCAUGGUGGUCCUGAAGGACCGCAUCCAGGAGCUGGAGGCUCAGAUGAGCACCAUGAAGGACGAAUUGGAGAGCAAGCACCUAGAAGGAGAUGUGGCCAGCCUGAGAGAGAAAUACCAGAGAGACUUUGAAAGUCUUAAGGCCACGUGUGAACGUGGCUUUGCAGCAAUGGAAGACACACACCAGAAGCUAAUACAUGACCUCCAGAGGCAACAUCAGAGAGAGAUUUCCAAACUUAUGGAAGAGCGAGAGAGACUUUUGGCUGAGGAGACUGCUGCCACAAUUGCUGCUAUUGAAGCGAUGAAGAAUGCCCACAAGGAGGAGCUGGAGAAGACCCAUCGUUCCCAACUGAGUGGACUGAACUCUGACAUUGAUGAACUUCGCUUACAAUACGAGGAGGAGCUGCAGUCCAUCCACAGAGAACUGGAGGUGUUGUCAGAGCAGUACUCUCAGAAAUGUCUGGAGAACGCUCACCUGGCUCAGGCACUGGAGGCCGAGAGGCAGGCCCUCCGGCAGUGUCAGAGAGAGAACCAGGAGCUAAACGCUCACAACCAGGAAUUAAAUAACCGACUGACUACAGAGAUCACUCGGAUGCGCUCCUGUUUCAGUGGUGAAACAGCGCUGUCACCACUUACCCAGGGCAAAGAUGUCUAUGAACUGGAGGUGUUGUUACGAAUUAAGGAGUCUGAGAUCCAGUAUCUUAAACAAGAAAUCCACUCUUUGAAAGAUGAACUGCAGUCUGCUUUAAGGGACAAGAAAUAUGCCACAGACAAAUAUAAGGACAUCUAUACAGAGCUCAGCAUUGUGAAAGCAAAGGCUGACUGCGACAUCUGCAAAUUGAAGGAGAAGCUGCUCAUUGCCACAGAAGCUUUAGGCGAGAGGAUUGUCGAUGGAACGGUCACAUCUGGAUACGAUAUCAUGAAAUCAAAAAGUAAUCCCGAUUUCCUGAAAAAGGAACGAUCAACAACCUCCAAGCAAUCAAGAGGCAUAAGGUCAAAGAGCCUGAAAGAGGGACUAACUGUCCAGGAGCGUAUGAAGCUUUUUGAGGCAAAAGAUUCCAAAAAGAUUUGAAUAUCAAGAAUCUGAAGUUUUGUUUCUCUUUCCUGACCUCGGCUUUUGGUCAGAUUGUUACGGCCGUGCCAGCAUCAGCUGAAGACUCUUAUAGGAAAUAUGAAAAAAAAAAAAAUCUAUCAAGGUCAGUUCAAAACCUGGACCUGCUGCUUCCAUGCAAGUUGUCAUAUUUUUGUUUGAUUUUUUUUUUCUUUCUUUAUAUUAAUGAAAACAAGUUUUACUGAAUCAAUCCUGUGUAGGGUUUCUUUUAAAAAACAUCCAUAGAUGUACAGUAUAAUCUGUCCAACAUGGAGAUCAUAUAAGUGUCAAAUAAGCUGUGAGAGGGAUACAAGACAGCAUUUUUAGUGAUCCUCCAAAAUGCCAAAACAGACAGCAAUACACAGUAUGAAUAAUAUAUAUUUCCCAAUAUGAAUUAAGUAUCUGCUGUAUUUUAUUAUUGUUACAGUUUCUAUAUCUAAUCAUUUUUAAUGUUUUUAAUGUUGCACCAGUUCUGUUGUACAUAACUACUGGAUAUAUGUAAGAGUAUGGUUUGCUAUUGAGUGUUGGGGCAUCUGCUGUACUAUAACUAUGGUUUGAUUGAUAGUGGAGAACAAUGUGAUGCUUAACUUGCUUAUGUAUGAGAGAGUUUUAUAAAAAAAUGGAGUGUCUGUGUGUGAAGGGGGGAAAGAGGGGUGGGAUUGCACUUAUCACUUGACUACUUGAGGAAGCUUCUUUUUUUUUGUCUCAAAUUGGUGUAGUGAUUUUAAUUCAAUUAUUGCAGUGCAACCAAACAUCCUGACUUUUGUCAAAUUUAGUGAACAACCGUGACUUGUUAGUGAUACUGGAUUUUUUUUUUUUUUUUUAAACCUGGAGUUGUGUUUGCUCAGUUUUGACUUUGGUGUGAGAAUGUCAUCUCGGAAAUACAGGAAUUAUUUAGGACUUUGCAUGCCUGUACAGUAUCAAAUUGAAUUGCAGAAUGAUCAUGUUGCCUCAUCUUCCUACUUUAUGCUUCAGUGUGGAACUCUUAACACUAAUAAGCUUUGCUUUGCAAGUCCUACUGUUUAGGUGUUGAGAUUUUAAUGUUUUACUGUAAGCGGCAGUCUUGAAGCACUUGGCCCAAUCCCUGACCUCUCAAUGAAAUCUAGUCGUGCCUCAACUGAGUGAAGAAUACAAACAUCCAUGAAACCAGUGCAGCUAUGGAUACACACUGUAUAGUAUUCAAACCACGCCUUGUACAUAUAUAUGCCACAUCGAAGACUUCUGUGUUUUGUUUUAAACUUAUACCUUGCUCACUAGCUCUAUAUGAAAUAUAUAUGAAUAUUUUUUAUUUUCAUUUGAAUGUAUGAUGUCAAAUAAAUGAAGUGUUAUUGAA